GCUAAGUAACACUUCCUGUGCGUUGAAUGUGUAGAAAAGUAAAUAACGGCUAAACAUGGUGCACUAAUUGGGAUUAUUGGUAAAUCGGAAAUCGUUUUUCGCGUGAAAAUAGUCUUACCUUUGAGAACUGUAGAUUUAGCGGCAAAAUCAUGACACUGACAACAAUUAAAGACGGCGAAUACACCGCCACUGUCUACAAAAUGAUCAAAGAUGGGCGGUAUGGAGAGGCUAUCCACAUCCUCAGCAAUGAACUGCAGAAACAGAUGAAGUCACGGGCAGCCCUGUCUCUGCUAGGCUACUGCUACUACCACAUGCAGGACUUCACCAACGCAGCAGAGUGCUAUGAGCAGCUGACCCAGCUACACCCCGAGGUGGAGGAGUACAGGCUGUAUUACGCCCAGUCUCUGUACGGGGCCUGUGCCUACCCGAGGCCAUGA